GUAUCUUUACUGAGUGACUGAGUCACUCAGGAUCCUUCUGUCGGCAGUCGGCAGUGAUGAUGCAGACAGGCACUCCUGCAAAGAUCGAAGCCCCACUAGCUAGCUACUAGACGAGGGCUUGACGUUCUCGCUGCAGUUAGUUGUAGACACUGUUCCAGCUUUGGCUGCAACGUGGCUUGCUUUGCUUGAUAACCAUGGCGUUUCUACGUCUCUCUGUUAUCGCUCUCCCCUUGGUUCUCGUUCUUAUUAUCAGCUGCAUGCACACCACUCGAGCGUUUGCUCUGUUGGGUCGUCGGUUCGUAGCGAAACCACAGCCACGACGAUUCCUCUGGGGUGCUCUUGCUUCUUCCUCCAUGGCUCUUCGCAGUGUGGCAACGUCCACCAGAGGCGGUAGCAUGGACGAUGCCGUGUGCGCAGCCAACAACAAUCCAUUGCUCCAGAGUUGGGCAUCCCAGCCUCUGCGACUCCCUCCCUUUGCCGAAAUCCAAACACACCACUUCAAGCCAGCAUUGGAAGAAGGGAUGAAACUCGAGUUGCAAGAUGUGCAGAAUAUUGUAGACAAUCCAGAUCCUCCCACCUUUGAAAAUGUCAUUGCUGCCUUUGAUCGAGCGGGAUCGGUAUAUGACAAGGUUUCCAGUGUUUAUGGAAACUAUUGCGGUUCCUUGAUCACCGAAGAUUUGCAAGAGGUUCAGACGGAAAUGUCUCCCAUAAUGAGUCGUCAUGCGAGUCAAUGCACCACACUGCCAGGUCUCUUUGAAAAAAUUGAUGCGGUAUACCAGCAACGACACGACAUGAAGCUCAAUAGUGAACAACUGCGGUUGGUAGAACGCGUGCAUUUGGACUUUGUGCGAGCUGGAGCCACCCUGAGUGAAGCUGAUAAACAAGAAUAUGCAGACCUCAACGCAGAAUUGGCUUCUCUGACGACUCAGUUCACACAAAAUAUUUUAAAGGAUGAGGAGUCUUAUGAGAUGGUACUCAAGUUGGAAGAUAUGGAAGGAUGUCCCGAUGGUCUUAUUCAAUCGGCCCGACAAGCUGCCAUGGAACGCAACAAGGCGGAGGAUGAAUACGUCGUCACAUUGGGACGUUCCCUGGUGGAACCCUUCUUGACUUAUAGUGCGAGGAGAGAUUUGCGCAAACAAGCUUUUGAAGCAUGGACAAAACGCGGUGAAUUGGAUCCAGAGCGCGAUAAUCCGGGCAUUGCCAUCAAAAUUCUGCGUCUCCGCAAACGCAUGGCCGAGAUUCACGGCUACAAGUCGUUUGCCGAGUAUCAAUGCGUGGAUCGCAUGGCCAAAACGCCCGAAAAGGUCAUGGAAUUGCUCACCAAUGUGUGGGAUCUGGCCAAACAAUCCGCCAAGCGGGAACGAGAAGACUUGGAGCAGUUUGUCCAGUCGAGUGGAGAGACAUUGGAAGGUGGUGUGCAAGGAUGGGAUUGGAGAUAUUAUGCCGAAAAGGUGCGACAAGACAAGUACGAUUUUGAUGAAUCGCUGUUGAAGCCAUAUCUCUCCUUGGAGAAGGUUACCGAGGCGCUCUUUGCUGUGUCCGGCAAAUUGUAUGGUCUCAAGUACUUCCCCAGAGACGAUAUUCAAGCUUACCAUCCAGAUGUCAAGGUGUACGAAGUCCGAGAGGACCAAGAGGACGGAACGGAAAAAUUGACAGCUGUCUUUAUUCACGACAAUUUUGCGAGGAAGGGCAAAAACGGUGGGGCUUGGAUGAGUGAAUACCGAUCUCAAACUCGCAAUUUGGUUCCUUCUGACGAAAAGGAUGCCUACUUGGAAGGUAUCCCCAUUGUCUCCAACAACAACAACUUUGCCAAGGGAGAGAACACACUCUUAUCCUAUGAUGAUGCCACUACUUGCUUCCAUGAAGCUGGUCAUGGACACCACGGGAUGUUGUCCAAUGCAACCUACAGCCGUUUGGCCUCGACCAAUGUUGUGACGGACUUUGUAGAGCUUCCAUCCCAACUAAUGGAGAGUUGGUUUGACUCGCGAGAAGUCCUGCAAAAGUACGCGCGGCACUACGAAACGGGAGAAUCAGUCCCAGACGAUCUCGUGGACAAGCUAAUGAACGCUCGCAUGUUCAAUCAGGGUUUCGCAACGAUUGAGUACACUGCCUGUGCUCUGUUUGACAUGCUAGUCCAUCAACUCGAGGAUUAUCCGGACGACUUUGACCUGUCUGCUUUUGAAAAGUCUGAAUUGGAGAAAUUGGGAAUGCCCCAAGGAAUCGUAAUGCGCCAUCGACCACCGCAUUUCAUGCAUCUGUUCAGCACGAACAUGUACGCGGCAGGUUAUUACGUUUACCUCUGGGCAGAGGUGCUGGAUGCCGACGCCUUUGCGGCAUUUAAAGAAGCAGGAAACAUUUUUGAUGAGGAAACAGCUGCCAAAGCUCGCAAGUACAUUUACUCGGCUGGAAACACCGUUGCACCGGAUGAGCUAUUCCGUCUCUUUCGGGGCCGAGAUCCUGAUAUCAAAUUCAUGCUGGAGAAGAGAGGACUGAUUGCGAAAGAGUAGAUCAUAAGCAGCCUUUAGUGUGCCAAGUCGACUUUGUC